AUGUGAUAGUCCCGUGACUUGAUGCGGAAGUAAGGCAAAACAAGAAAGGAUCUUUUGCCCUGAAAAUUGCGUAUAUUUCCUCCGCUUCUUUUUCCAAUAAGCAUCACUUCGUUGGCCAUCCAUACAGCAAUGGACGGAUCCAUCAGCGCGUCAUCAGACACCACAGGCGGUCCCCCACCUCAAUUUAGAACAAAUGAAGGUUCCUUGGUUUCAGCUCUCAAGACAUUGUUGUUCUUCACUAUUUUAAUGGUCACGCUACCGAUUGGCUUAUACUUCGCUUCAAAAGCUUACAUUUUUGAAGGCUCAAUGAAGAUGUCAAACUCUGAUAGCUACUUCUACGCUGCCAUUGUCGCCGUGCUGGCCGUGCACGUGGUUCUGGCUUUGUUUGUUUACGUGGCCUGGAACGAAGGCACGCCCAAAGGGAAAGGCAAGUACGAUUAAGUAAGGUCUACGCAGAUGCGCAAACCUUGGGAAGGGGCUCCUCAGAAGAAGGGCCAGCAGCGGCUAGCACUAUCCCAGCAACGUUCAACGAAAUUGUUCUGGUGUGUGUUGGCCUUGGACUUACUGUAUGGGGACUAUUGGAUGUGAUGUUCUCAUGAAAAAUCAUGUUAAAAGGGGGCAGCUUUUAAGAGACUUUUGUUUUUCUUCCCACAUAUACUUGCUUGAUACUUUGUUGAGGUCAAAGAAGUAAGAAAUUGCAAUUGUCUUUUGUUGUUGCAUUUUUUAACUACGUGUUUUGUUCUUUCAAAGAGACAUGGUCUGACGCUUCAAUCGUCAAAUUAUACAGCGUUUUUGUACGGCUGCUGUUUUGUGAUGUAGAUUUAGUAUGAAACAGAUUGAUGUCCUCGUGAAUAAACAUGGCAAGUCGAUUUUAGUUUGUUUUUUUUGCUAGAUUUAGUUUUACUUGUCUUCAUAAAGGUGUCAUUAUUAUUGUUAAUUGUAGAAACAAAUACUGUUAGUCACGGAAAGCAAUAACUUUAUUAUGAGGGUUCAUAUUUGUUUCCUAAAAGGGACAAAAAAAUCAUUGAGUCCUUGGGGCCUGACAGCAAUUUUUUUGUUCUCCUAAACAAAUAAAUCCCUCAGAUAGAAUAUUGCAGGGAAAUAGCGGUAUUUACCUUUAAUAAAUCAUUUGAUACCUACUUUAUGCCCUCUCAAAUAAAUGCCACCCCGACCCGCGAAUAAAAUAUUGCAGCCUGAUAGCUCUAAUAUAUUUGACACCAGUAUUUUGUUUUCAUUCUCUUGAAUAAAUGUCACUCUUUAAAAUUCAGAUUCAAAACAAGUUGAAGGUUGGGAUAAAAAUGCACAAUACAUAUAAAAGACAGUCUAAAUAAUUAAAUGAUUGACGAAUGUUAGAAGUACUGUCCUGUUUAUUGAAGUGAUGCAUCUGGACUGAGAAACAUAUUUUGUAGGUUAUAAGUUUAGCCUGCGUUGUUGGUGAGAUGCAAAAUUUUGACACUAAAGAAUUUCUUGUGAUUUUAUUUAUUCUGAUUAUUUCCUUUUGUCAAGUGGCAACAGAUGUUUGGAUCUAAUAAAAUAAAAUCAAUUUUACAGCCUUAA